CGUCGUGUUUGAUUCCUCGUUCGCGUGAUUCAACUUUUAUUGCUCUCUUCCUUUCUGCGCGUUACAUCAACCGCUUCUUCCGUUCUCCUUCGUUUCCCAUCUGCGCUGUUGGCAAAGAUCCUCACGCGCUCCCCUCGAUCUAUCUGUUCUACACAGUCAUCCACCUCACCAACUAUCCUUUUUCUUUCCCGAACAACCCUUCUCUUCGCUUCUCAGUCAAGAUGUCCUGCGGUGCUGCCAAGCUGAACCACCCGGCGCCCGAGUUCAACGAGAUGGCGCUGAUGCCCAACGGCACCUUCAAGAAGGUCAGCUCGCGUCCUACAAGGGCAAGUGGGUCGUGCUGUUCUUCUACCCGAUGGACUUCACCUUCGUGUGCCCGACGGAGAUCAUCCAGUUCUCUGAAAACGCGAAGCGCUUUGCGGAGCUGAACACGGAGGUGAUCGCGUGCUCCUGCGACAGCGAGUACAGCCACCUGCAGUGGACGUCCGUGGAUCGCAAGAAGGGCGGCCUCGGCACGAUGGAGAUUCCGAUACUGGCGGACAAGACCAAGUCGAUCGCCCGCGCCUACGGUGUGCUGAAAGAGGAUGACGGCGUUGCGUACCGCGGUGUCUUCAUCAUCGACCCCACCGGCAAGCUGCGCCAGAUCACGAUCAACGACAUGCCUGUUGGCCGCAACGUGGAGGAGGUUGUGCGCCUGGUGGAGGCCCUGCAGUUCGUGGAGAAGCACGGCGAGGUGUGCCCGGCGAACUGGAAGCCCGGCAGCGCCACGAUGAAGCCGGACCCGAAGGAGUCCGUGUCGGGCUACUUCAGCAAGCACUGA